GACUUGCCGGAGAUGUUUGUGCAGAGAUUUAGCGGAAAAGCUGGAAAGAAGGCCGGUAAAGGUGCAGCAGCGGCAGCUUCAGUCGAAGAAUCGAUUACCGAUGACAUGAAAACGGGUCCUCUCGUAGUGACACUUAACUUCAAGAAGCACGUUUUUGAUCCCUCAAAGCGUUUUGUACAAUAA